AUUGCUACACACUUAGGAGUCAUCAAUUAUCAAUUCUCUAGUUACCAUUUCACUCUUGAGAACAACGGUGAUCUCGACGGGAAGGGAUGCACUCAGUUUCCACUUUUACAGUUUUUUGCGCCUUUACUUGGAAAGACAAGUUCGACAUCUUUUGAGCAAAAUAUGGAGAACGGAUGGAGGCAGCUGUUUAUGUUAUUCCAGUCUCUUGGUCCUUCAUUCGGUAAGAAGGGUCCAACAGUUGAAGGAACUGCACCUUCUGGGCGGAAUGGACGACCUUUUGCAGUCAUCAAAAGCUUGGGACAGACACAAAAAUAUGGUGAAAAUGGUUUUAACUUUGGUCAAGCAGGAGAUGAAAUGACCUGUGUCAUUUGGAAAUUAAUCAAGGAUAAGCUUAUCUUGCCCUUUGUGAAGUUGGAUAUAAAAUACUUCGUUCUUGGCCUUCAUCACCGUGAUGCCACAGAAAAUAAGGUUACAAUUGAAAGCGCUAAGGCUACUUUGAAGUAUAAUGUAGCAAUUAAGUGUGCAACCAUCACUUCAGAUGAAGCUCGUAUGAAGGAGUUUAACUUGAAGCGUAUGUGGAAGAGACCAUAUGAGACAAAUAGGAAUAUUCUAAAUGGUACGGUAUUCAGGGAACCAAUCCUCUGCAAAAACAUCCCUCGACUUGUCCCAGGUUGGUCAAAACCAAUAUGCAUAGGCAGACAUGCUUUUGGUGAUCAAUAUCGAGCUACUGAUACAGUAAUUCAAGGAGCUGGAAAACUCAAAUUAGUAUUUGUACCAGAAGGGACGGAUCAAAAGAUCGAGUUCGAGGUUUGCAACUUCACUGGUGCUGGUGGAGUAGCUCUCUCCAUGUACAACACGGAAGAGUCUAUUCGUUCUUUCCCUGAAGCUUCUAUGAACAUGGCUUACCAAAAGAAAUGGCCACUCUAUCUUAGCACAAAGAAUACCAUCCUUAAGAAAUACGACGGAAGAUUCAAGGACAUAUUCCAGGAAGUUUAUAAGUCAAACUGGAAGUUGAAAUUUGAAGAAGAUGGGAUAUGA